CAAACUUUGUUUUCAUUCUUAUCAAAUAUUAAAAGUUGUUGAAACCCAAAAUACAAUUUUUUUUCUUUUCCCUUUUUUAAGGUUGUCAACAAGGGAAGACACAAGUUGAAACCUUGAACACUCUACCACCUCACAAAAAGACCAAACAAAGUUUGUUCUUUUCUGCACAUAACUUGCUGCUAUUACUAUAAGGAUUGAAUUCUGGAAAAGAUUUCUCCAUGGGAGAAGCUCCAACAUUCAUUCUUCAAGACCUGCAGAAUGGGACUACCAAUGGCUUUCAAUCUAAAAAGGGAACUUUUGAAACAGCUACAAUCAUUGGUGAUAAAAGGUAUGUCAUUGGGGGAACUGAUGGUAAAACUUUAUCAAUAAAAGUUCAAAUUCUAAACAACUGUCUUGGGGAAUGGAUUGAUCCCUUUGUGCUAGGCACCAAACCCAUUUCAAGUAAUGGCCACUCGGCCGUAUUUUUGAAAGACCGAGUGCUAAUUCUUAAGAAAAAUGCUAAGCCAGAUGAUUGUAUAUGGUUUCUGGAGGUAGACACACAAUAUGUCAGGCAGCAAAGAAAAAAUUUGGGGACUGAGGUUGUUGCAUGGAGUAAGGGUGUGGUAGGGCAUGCUGAGAAACCUAUUAUUGUUAGUGGUCCAUCUGGAGUAGGUAAAGGAACAUUAAUAUCAAUGCUCAUGAAGGAAUUCCCAUCUAUGUUUGGUUUCUCUGUGAGCCACACAACCCGUGCACCAAGAGGUACCGAGAAAGAUGGUGUCCAUUACCAUUUUACUGAAAAGAGUGUUAUGGAGAAAGAUAUCGAAGAUGGAAAGUUUCUGGAGUUUGCUUCUGUCCAUGGUAAUCUAUAUGGGACCAGUGUUGAGGCUGUUGAAAUGGUAUCAGAUGCAGGGAAAAGAUGUAUUCUUGAUAUUGAUGUUCAAGGAGCAAAAUCUGUGAGGGCUAGUUCUCUUGAAGCCAUAUUCAUCUUUAUCUGCCCCCCGUCAAUGGAAGAGCUAGAGAAGCGUCUUCGUGAUCGAGGGACGGAAACAGAAGAACAAAUCUUGAAGCGAUUGCGAAAUGCUCGGGACGAGAUUGAGCAAGGAAAGUCAUCAGGCAUAUUUGAUACCAUCUUACACAAUGACAAACUUGAGGAGUGUUAUGAGAAUCUGAAGAAAUUACUAGGACUUGAUGGUUGUGUCACUCCUUCACCUAAUUCAGCAGCAGGAGAGAUCAAUCUUCCAAUUUACCAUGCAGUGUCAACAAUUGAUGACAAAAUCGUCAUAAACUCUUCAGGACUACAAAAGGAAUCAAAUAACCGGAUCAUGUUAGAUGUGUCGUCACUUAAAGGGGGUGCACCUGGACGAACAAGAGGACUUGAUUUUCAAGUCAUCGACUCUUUUUCAGAUGGCAAUGGGAAUGGACCAAUUUGACAUUCAAUGAACUUGGCCAAACUAACUUGGUUUUUCUCCAUUCAUACGUUAUUAUAACUUGAGAAAAUAGGUCACGAUAAGAGGCGCACUAGGUUCAUUUCUUAAGAUGUUUUUUCAUCUCAUGUUAUGACAGUUGAAUUUGACUUG